CUAAAUUUAAUUAAACUAUAUUUUUUAGGAUAAGUUAAAAAAAUGUUCCAGCCAAUUCAGGUUACGGAAAUUGAUGUUCGUUAAAUUUAAUUAAGCUACAUUUUUAUGAUAAGUCAAUAGUAAAAUUCAGGUUACGGAAAUAUGAUGCUUGAAAAUAUUAUACAAUGAUCUUUAAUUCGGAGGAUAACGGCUAGCUGACCGGAGCUGGAGGUUGCCAUUGACACGAUUGAUGUAGUGUACUGAUUGACAUAUCGGACACAUUAUUGAAAGCCUCCUCGGGCAUCAAAGAUUCAAAGCUCCAACGUCUCAAUUAUUGCCAGCCAUGUGCGUUCACGAUCGGGGUGCAUGCUGCAUGCUCUUGAACCUAUUAGAUUUCCUUGCGCAUGCGUGCUGCACGCACACACGCACAGCGUAACAAUAAAUAUUAUACGUGAAUGAAUAAUAUUAUUUCCCCCAUAGAUCUUGAAAUAUUCCGGCAGUGGUAGUGAACGGGGCAGUAGCCGAGGCGCACCAUGCCUGGAACGUCUCGCUUUCUCUCAUUACUUUGACAUCCGGUGGAAGCGAAUCGACCUCCAUCUUGGUAAAUCGAGUCUCGGCCAUUUUUGUUGCAUCAACGUUGGCCAGGGGACUCUCGCGCUUUCCUAGCAGUUUCGCCAGUUGUCUCCGGGAUUUCCACGACUCGUGUGUAGCGAAGGACUGACUGGCACGCGCCGUCUUUUCGGUGAACCGUUAUAAAAUCGUCGUUGCGGAAGUAACGUUACCGUGACAUCGCGUAACGCUCGGUGAAAGGCAACGAGGACAAAGCGUAAGGGACGCGUCGGGAACUUUUUCGGCUGCGAGUGAGGCGUCUGAGAGAGAGAGAGAGGUAGAGAUAGAAGACUAGGAGAGGACGAGCUAAAAGGGCUUCAAGCGACAGAGCUGCGAAAACUACGCACAGAGGCGGAGUAAUAUGAGUAAUGCACCCAACCAGAAUGGAUCAGGUCUAGAGCAGCAGUUAGCUGGUCUGGACUUGCAGGGCUCCCGCCAACCAAGUGGGGGUCGAUACGUACCACCGCAUCUUCGUCAUAAAGCUGCAAGUAAUCCACCGUUGGAUUUAAAUUACUCUUCUAACUCAAGACCACCGUUUGGUGACCGAGAUAGAGGAGGAGAUCGCGAUCGUGACCAUGAAAGGGAUCGGGAUAGGGGUAGGGGUGGCUAUCGCGAUUCGCGAAGUCCUCGCGACAUCGAUUUCGGGAACUUCGGGAGUUUCGGCGGGCGCAACAGGCGCAAUCAGGAAAAUGGCAGAGAUUUUAGAUAUCUCAACUCUGAGCGCGACCGACCAAUUAGCGGCAACGAUCGUUGGCAGGAGCCUAGCAGAAAUGAUCGUUGGCAAGACAACAGAAAUGACAGAAUGGGAGGCGGUGGAAGGUGGGACGACAGAGGCGGCCGAGGUGGUGGAAGGGGCGAAGUCGACUGGACGAUCCCUACCGCCCGGGAUGAGCGACUGGAGAUGGAGCUGUUCGGCACUGGCAACACCGGAAUCAAUUUCAGCAAAUACGAGGAUAUCCCGGUCGAGGCUACCGGUGAGAACAUACCGCCACACAUCACAUCUUUCGACGAGGUUAAGCUGACAGAGAUAAUAAAGAACAGCAUCACCUUAGCGGGAUAUGACAAGCCUACACCAGUGCAGAAGUACGCGAUACCGAUCAUCAUUGGGCGCCGUGAUGUAAUGGCCUGUGCUCAAACUGGAUCCGGUAAAACAGCGGCCUUCCUAGUGCCAAUAUUAAAUCAGAUUUACGAGAGUGGACCGCGACCGCCACCACCGCAAGCAAACUCCUCCGGUAGGCGUAAGCAGUAUCCGCUCGGGCUGGUACUGGCUCCGACGAGGGAGCUCGCUACGCAGAUAUACGACGAGGCGCGGAAGUUCGCGUACCGCUCGCGUAUGCGUCCGGCCGUCGUGUACGGCGGCUCCAACAUAGUGGAUCAGAUGCGCGAGUUGGAUCGCGGCUGCCACUUACUUGUCGCGACGCCUGGUCGUUUGGUCGACAUGCUGGGACGCGGCAAAAUCGGCUUGCACAAUUGCCGAUAUCUCGUCCUGGAUGAGGCAGAUCGUAUGUUGGACAUGGGUUUCGAGCCGCAAAUAAGGCGCAUCGUCCAAGAGGACAAUAUGCCACCGACCGGAGAGAGACAGACUCUCAUGUUCUCCGCUACUUUCCCGAAAGAGAUUCAAAUGUUGGCUAGAGAUUUCCUUAGCAAUUACAUCUUCCUGGCAGUCGGUCGCGUAGGAUCAACCUCCGAGAACAUAACGCAGAAGAUAGUAUGGGUGGAGGAGCAUGACAAGCGUUCAUACUUGCUCGACUUGUUGCAAGCCAGCAAUUUCUCAGAUCCCACUGCAGAAUCGCUAACUUUAGUAUUCGUGGAGACGAAAAAAGGCGCCGAUAUGCUCGAGGAGUACUUGGCCACGAUGGGAUACCCGGUCACUAGUAUCCACGGCGACAGGACUCAACGCGAACGUGAGGAAGCCCUGCGUCGCUUCCGCGCGGGGAAAGCACCGAUUUUGGUUGCGACCGCGGUGGCGGCACGUGGUCUCGACAUACCACACGUUAAACAUGUCAUCAAUUUCGACCUGCCCGGCGACGUUGAAGAGUACGUUCAUCGUAUCGGCCGUACCGGUCGCAUGGGCAAUUUAGGUUUGGCCACGUCGUUCUUCAAUCACAAGAAUCACAAUCUGGUGCGCGACCUGGUGUCCUUGCUGAUCGAGGCUAAUCAAGAACUUCCUCCCUGGUUGGAUGACAUGUACACGGAAGCGAGAUACUCCGGAGGCGCAUCCCGACGACCCGGCGGUGGCGGCGGCGGCGGCGGCGGCGGUGGUGGCGGCGGCGGCGGCGGUACCAAGGGUCGCUUCACCGGCGGCGGUUUCGGCGCGAGAGAUUAUCGUCAACAACCGAGUUCUGGAUCUCGUAACAACGGUCCCUCCAGACCAGGUGGUUACGGAGGCGGUUACUCAAGUUACGGAGGUAACUAUAAUAAUUCGUCGUACAAUAAUUCCUCCAACAACGGCAACAGUGGUGGCCCUGAUUGGUGGGACAAGUAAACGAUUAUUUCCAUCGCUAUUUCUAUUUCUAUCAUUAUUAUUAUUCUACACGCAAAUUCAAUUAUAUAUAAGGAGAACACAUUACAUUAUUACAUCUACACGUACGUGUUUCGCGCGCGUAUACAUGUACACGUGCGCAGAGUACAGACAGUUCCAUGUAUAUUAUACAUAUUCACGUCUCUGCUGACUGCCUGUGCACUCUGAUUUCUCGAUGACAGAAGCAACAAAAUUACUUAUAUUGUUUAAAUUCCACUAUAUUACAUUUGUUCACCUUACGAUAAAUCGUUGACAAAUCCUAUGUGCAAUUUAGUAUUCGUGCCGGUGCGCCAAUCACCGGGGAAUAUUCUGAAACGUGAAUGAUCUCACCAUGAAAAAAAAAAGAAAAAGCGAGUAUCAUAAAUGGGAUUUGUUCAACAUUUAUUUAUAUAAUUAUUAGUUAGAGGUCCAUCCACUAUUUUCGUUGUCGUACGCUGGCGAACACGAGUAGUAUAAUCACUAAUGAAUCAAAUCGAUUAAAGUCGUUGACGCCCGUCCGAGGUCGGGAGUUACACGGCGUAACACAUAGUAGAUGAAGAAACUUAGUGAAAUUUUUUAGAACUCCUGUCGAGACUAAUGGGGCUCAUCAUAGCUAUAUUAUUUACAUUCUACUUUUUUUUUAAUUUUUUUAUAGGGAUACGGUGGGCGUAUCUUCGGUAAUUACGGCGUCUAACACGCUCGCCUGUUGCAAACACGUUUUAAUGCACAGACAACUUUAUUAGCUUCACUUACCAUAAUGGCCAGUAAAAGUUGCGUAUUUCGUUCGAACGGAUGGCAGAAUUCUUUGGUUACAUGUGCACGUUCAUUAAACACGCCUAGGAUACGCCGAGCCACCGUCGCCAUAGAUUAUUACAUGACGAUUCCUUAUAUUACUUUCUCAUUAAUUUACUGUAGUUCAGCGACGAAUGGUACUUUGUUGUUUUGCCGUCCCCAGAGAGACAGACGACAUUGCGCCGGCAAUGUCAAUCUGGUUUACUCGAAUAAGCCACGUGAAUCGUUUUCGGGGAUCGAAGAUUUCGGUAUUGAGGAAGGAAAGGGCAACACACAGGCUACGUCUUAGGAUACCUUUAGAAAUCUUACAUUUCCAUUGUACAGCCUGAUACACGUACUUUCUACCAGUCUUUAAUUUAGAGAAUUUGAAAAAUCAGUUUCAGCCAGUUGCAGCCGGUUAUUAUUUCAUAACUUCAGGCUAUCACGGUGAUCUCGAUAUUCGUAGCGAUUGCAAUCAAGACACAAAAAAAAUUGUUUUUGUUCUUCGCAAAGAUACAUCUGCAAUUUUUGUCUGCUUCAGAAAUUUUGCUCGUAAAGAUUUCAGCUGAGCGUACAAACAUACGCUUAUUGUUCAAAAUUUACCGUAAGAUUUCUUGAAUUUUUCACUUUCCACAAUCAACGCAGAAUAUAGAGAUAUCACUGUAUAGACACGGCUAAAUAGACUACUGAACCACAGGUAUAUAUAUAUAUAAAUGUUUUAUGUACCUGAGAGCGCGCUUGACAUGUAGUAGUACAGAAACUACUACAUUGAUCCCAUAUAAUAGAAUGGUGCUUUGAAUGCUAGCAUUUCUAAAUGUAACGGAGACGUUGCCCUGCGAAAUUGAUACGGCGCUUUAUAAAAAUCUUAAUACUAAAACAGUACCGAAUGCAAAUAUGCGAGCGCUCGUGGAAGAUACAUUGUGCUAAGGUGGAUUAAAAAUACGGUUGCAGUUACAGAGGGGGUUAAAGCAAAGAGUAGAGCUUUUGCAAGAGGAGAAGCUUUUGCAAUGAUAGUGGGCUCAACUUCACUGAAAAGAAAAUGAAGCAGCAGAAGUCCCUUCACGUGUCUGGAACGAAAAGGCACAGACGGGGGAGGGGGCGCACUCAUAUUAUUUUCUAGCUGUAUUUAUCAGUAUGGUACGCUAUAUAUAAAUACAUAACACUAAAAUAUAAUUGAGAAACGACUGUGAUAUCGAACGAUCUUAUGACAUUCAAUUUCCACGCGAAUUGAUGAAUGAACAAUUAACGGGAUAACCAAUACAUUAAAUGUAUUAAUUAAAUCGGUAUUGAAUGUCGCGGGAAGAUACUAGGCUCAGUUGUUUGAGCCGAACGAACGGAAUAUUAAGUCGUUGAACAGUAACACACACAAGGCAACGUGGCUGUUGUCCGAUCGGGGAGGGCUGAACGCUAGCUCUUGCGGUCCUGAGGGACCUUUCUGGGGCAUUGUUUCUGCUUAAAAUAAACGCGCAUUAACGAUAUAUAGGUGAGCGUGACGCGAUGCCGGUUAUUCAAUUGGCGUUGGUAGGGCUUUAUAGGAUGUCGAUAUCGUUUCGUGCAAACGUCGGAUUCUUAUCUAUCUAAUCUACGUGAGGAAAAAAAAGUACAAAUUCGAUUUGCGUCACAACCGCGACAGGAUUUUUAGACACGUCAUACUUAUACCUGUUAUAUUACUAGAUUUAAUAGUGCAAUCGCGUGCGUGAAUCGUAUGCCGUGUGACCGUGGACCAAGGUGUGAAUGCCUCCCUUAUACGGGGGAAUUGACAAUUAUUUCAUCUAGAACAUUCAAGGAUAGUGUUUAACGAGUAAAAAACUAUCGUUGGCUUCCGACCGUGGUGCGAGUGUUCUGAAAUUUUUAAUACGAUUCGUCAUCGAGGCCACCAGUCAGCAUUUUCGGAGGCCCUGCCAAGAACAUUAAGAGAAUCCUUCGUGGACAGUGUGUGAUACGUCGAUUCUGACGCUUCUCGUGUCGCGUCGGAGAAGAUUAUCUACUGCGGCAACAAUCCGUCGAUCUGCCAAUGAAACAGGUUUUGCCGUACUGAUGUAUACACGUGUGUCAUUUUGCAAGAGAGAAUUUACAUCGGUUCCGACUACAUACGCAAGCUUUUGCAUCUCCUUUCCUAUUUAAUUUCUAUUAUUUUUUACAAAGUGACGAAGGAAAAGGCAGCGCGCGAUGGUCGUUGGAUUUUAAUCAUUCGUAUUUCACUCGAUGAGCCUUCGAGGCUUGGAGAGCGAAGAGAAUUGUGAUUUUACAAGAAUUCAUUUGUAUGAGGACAAAUUGCAAUCGGUGAAAUUUAAUGGAAAUUAAUAUUUAAGUGUAGGUACACCCGAUCGUUUUUUUUUAUAAGUAAAAUCUCCAACUGUACUAUCGAUGCGUUCAAGCAUUCGUGACGCGUCGCGUGUUUUAAUCAGUACUAUAUGCAUUUCGAAAAGAUACUUUUUGUUUGCUAUUGACAUGCUGGACAGAGAGUUAAUAUUUCAAAGCAGUAUGAUUAUACUUAACGCUGCUGAGUUUCUUAUUAUUUUGUCGCUCAAAUUGAUACAUUGAAUAUCCUGCUAAAAUUAAUAAAACAAUUUGUUUUACGUUCACAUAAUGAAUUUCGGGAUAUAACGGAUAUCGAACUUUGUUGAAUGUUCCUGAGAGAUAGUCAAAUGUCCACCGUGUAGUAAAACCAAUAUAUGUAUAAAUUAAAAAUAUGAUAUUAUGAUUUCUAGCGUAUAUUAGCAUACUUAGGCGAAAUAGAGAACAAUAUAGAAAAUGAUGGCUAUUUAUUGAUCGAUUUAGUAUUUAUUUUCUAUGUUUCCAGAUUUUGGAAAGUAAACGAUUAAUAUCUUCUGUACUGUAUAUGUACUUUUCGUGUCAUGUUUGGUCCUCUGAAGUAUAUCGGACGAGCAGCCUUAGAGAAAACACUUUACGAAUACAUACAGAAUGAUCGGAACGAUCAGUCGAAAGAUUAAUUUGAAGAGCAUAAGAAAACAAAAGAGAAGAAAAGAUGAAAAUCAGAGAGGGUCUGUCAAUAACAGAAGAAUAAGUCAUUCAAGCAAGGAAACGAGGAAAAAAAAAGAGAGAAAUGCUGUGACUGCAAUCAUUACUGUGGGGGAAAAAAUCGCGCGAUCCGCAAGGAACAUAUUACACACUGUAAGCCGUAUUAUGUAAUGCGAUGCGUGCGCGAAUAAUUGUGUCGCCGGCUGUUGAGCCGCGCACAAGAGCGGAGAAAUUGUUCACGUGCGAGUAGUCCUGUAUUUUUUAUUAUUUUACAUUGUGCGCGACGCGUCGGUGAGCAUUUUCCGACAAUGCUCGUCGACGAGGAUCAAGUGCGUGUGCCUGUAAUCCUCUCUUUGAUAAAAAAAUGAGAUUUCAAUGCAAAUGCAAUGCAAGCGAGGAAAGCGAGAGCAGAACGGCACACGCGCGCACGUUUCCGGAAGGGCACCGUGUGAGGUGGGAUGGCAAAAGAAAUGUCUUCUAACUUGUUCCGAGUGUUUCAAUUUGAUCGAGGAUCGUCGUACGUAUCGUCGUCGGUGUAGCGAGGUGCAAGGAGCGCGUAAAUCGAUCGCGAGACGAAUUGUAAUCGCGAUCGCUCGUCGCGUCGCGUACGCACGAGACUCGCGACACACGCGUGUCGCAAAACGAUACCCGGCGUACGCGGACUGCGUGCGACGCUCCUCGCGCGUUAUUUACUUGUAACCGUGAUGAUACUGCUAAUACGUUUAUUUCACUCGAUACCGAGCGAGCGCGAGAGAUAGUAUCUUAACGGAACGGUAAAUGUACCAUUCUGUCGGUCUCUUAUUUAGUAAUUUGCACAUUUACGCGCUACAGUAGGCGAAUAUACGAACAAAGAUAUAAGCAGACGUUUCGGUGAAUCGUACGCGGUACGCCGAUAAAUAUAUAUCGAAUAAAAAAGUAACGAGAGAGUCUCUAAAGUGUGCGAAGAAGAAAAAGUGAAAGAAAAGAGAAACUGAUGAAAAACAAAUAUCGAAAGAAAGAGGUUCACCAAUGUGUCGUACAUUUAUAGUUCAUUAGCAAUAAGUUAUUGUGCGCGUCAUGAAGCGCGUUUACACACGUACUUCUUGCAUGCGUAGGUAUAACGUAUGCUCGUGAAGAAUGAUGUAGAGUGUCAAUAUUGUUACAAAAUACCUCAUACGGGACGAUCACGUAUUAAUUCAAUGUUCUUUCAUUCGGUGAAUUUUGCGUUUUAUUUAUAGUAUUAUGUGAAGAGAGAACAGUGACAGGAGACUUCUACAAAAAUGAAUAUAAUAAUAAACAUUACAAAAGGAUUAUCAAA